UUAGUUAUAUUUUAACUUUAGGGUGAUACACUGAGGAACUCACCUGUCCUGGUCCCCUCUCAUGCUCGAGAACCUGUACAGCCUUCUAAGUCGCCAUGUCUGACCGAGGCUCAUUUGACACUAAUGUCGUUACCCUCACGAGAUUCGUGCUGGAGGAGGGAAGGAAGGCGAAGGGAACGGGAGAACUGACAACCCUCCUCAACUCCAUCUGCACAGCGGUCAAAGCCAUCUCCACCGCCGUCAGGAAAGCUGGGAUUGCCAACCUCUAUGGCAUUGCUGGGAGCACCAACGUCACAGGUGACCAGGUAAAGAAGCUAGAUGUUCUGUCCAACGACCUGGUCAUCAACAUGAUUAAGUCCUCCUUCACCUCCUGUGUCCUGGUGUCAGAGGAGAACGAGAGGGCCCUCAUCGUGGAACCAGAGAAACAGGGAAAAUAUAUUGUGUGCUUCGACCCACUUGAUGGCUCGUCAAACAUUGACUGUCUUGUAUCAAUUGGAACAAUUUUUGCCAUCUACAGAAAGACGACAGACGAUGAGCCCAAUGAGAAGGACGCACUGCAGUCUGGACGUCACAUUGUUGCCGCCGGUUACGCCCUCUACGGCAGUGCCACCAUGAUGGUACUCUCUACAGGACAAGGGGUCAACUGCUUCAUGCUGGACCCUUCCAUCGGGGAGUUCAUCCUAACAGACAAGGAUGUGAAGAUCAAGAAGAGAGGAAAGAUCUACAGUCUAAACGAAGGUUAUGCUCAGCACUUCUACCYAGACGUCACAGAGUACCUGAAGAAAAAGAAAUACCCAGAGGAUGGCAGUGCCCCCUAUGGUGGGCGUUAUGUUGGUUCAAUGGUGGCUGAUGUGCACAGGACUUUGGUGUACGGAGGCAUCUUCUUAUACCCCGCCAAUGUCAAGAGCCCCAAGGGCAAGCUGAGGCUGCUGUACGAGUGCAACCCCAUGUCGUUUAUCAUCGAGCAGGCUGGAGGCAUGGCCACCACGGGGGAGAUGAACGUGCUGGACAUCCAGCCAGAGAACAUCCACCAGCGGGUUCCUGUCGUCCUGGGCUCCCCUGAAGACGUCCAGGAGUACAUCGCCAUCUACAAGAAGACACGCAUGUGAGACAGMGCUGGAACCUUCUCUGGAUCCAUCAUGACCUGCUUUUGUCCACGAGGGUCGACCUUUGACCCUAAGCUAGUAAUCUUUGCAUCAUAUGGAUGGAGCUGUGGAUAUACAGUACAAGUCAAAAGUUUGGACACCUACUCAUUCAAGUGUUUAUCUAGAUUUUUUUCUUCUAUUUU